AACCGGAAAUUGAAUACUAUGAUGUGCGACUAGUAUCCGCCUUCCCCUGCAAGUCGCCUGCUAGCUAACGCAAGUCUUUCUUCGGGCUUUAAACAAACAUACGUUCAUUUAACUGACAAUUCGUUAUAUUUUCAUGACAAGAUUUAAUCCGACUAUAUUGUGCGAGAGAAAAUGUAGGAAUUUGGCCAGAAAUGGCUAUAACGAUGUAACGAAAAACGCGGAACCUUUAUAUGGAUGCCCAUGAAUGACCAAGUCGAAUUUUGGCACCCCACACUGUACAUCGUGUAGUAUUUAUCGUGCAAACAUAUUGGGUCGUUUACUUAAAUCUGGUCUGAAAAUGAAGAACAAACCGACUGCCAAGGCUCGCCAUGUAGUAGCCUGGAUGAACAAGGCGGAGUGGGACCAGGUGCUGGACUAUCUGUACUCAAAAGAUGCUGCUUUACAGAACCAUGCACUACAACGAAUAUCUGCUUGGAAAGGAAGGUUUGGUCACAACACUCCUGUCGCAGUGGAGAGCACAGCGGACCUUGUUCGAUGCCAAGUUCUGGACAGGUCAGGUCAACUAGACUCUGAUGACCUGGUGUUACUCUAUGGAAUGGCUCUUGUAAGGUUUGUCAAUCUGAUAACGGAAAGGAAACAAGGACGUGUAGCCCAGCCUCUGAGGCGUCUGGCAGGACAUAUGAACAUUCCAGAAUGGAUUGUAAACCUCCGACAUGAUCUUACUCACCGACGGCUUCCAUCACUCAAGUGGUGCCGAAAAGGCUGUGCCUUUGUGCUGCAGUGGCUGCAGCAGGAGUACUGGUCUCGUCAGCUGGGCAGCAGGCUGGCGGAGGACUGGGACUCGGAGGAGUCGGAUGGGGAGGACGAGGAGGGCUGGCUGCGGCGGCAGGAGGAGCAGCUCCUCACCCAGCAGAGGGAGGUGGAGAACCACAAAAAAGCCAGAGAACUGUUGAUUUCCUACGAAAAGGAACGGUUUCAGAUGUACGAGGAGUGGCUGAAACACGGCUCACCUACUGGGGCAUGGAUGGAGCCGACCGCCAACCUCAGCUGGAUCUUGAAGCAGGUCAAACUCUUUGCAGCGGAUUCAAGAGAGAUCUUUGUUGAUGCACUGGUUCAGGAUGGCUUUCUUGUACCUACUCAAGAACAGUUGGAGUCUCUGGAAAUCGAAUCAACAGGGUUCUAUGAUCCGCUACGGCCGUGUGUUCCGCGCAUGUUCCUGCAGUUCUGGCUGCCGCUGCUAAAGGUGCUGAGUCGUGUGGCCUUCAUACGGCGCGUCCUUGAGAAGCUGUUCGCCGAGCUGCUCGCAGAGCCGGAGCCGCACAGGAGCUACUACCUCUCCGCCUGGAUCUCAGAAGUGGUCCUCUGCAACAGCAAGAGUGCAUUCAAGGUCAAGAAGAAAUCACACAUGAUGGAGCUGUUUGUGAACCGAAUGGAGCUUGGGUGGCAGCAACUUCUGACGGCGUGUUUGAAUUCCCCGUGCUCUGCUACUCCUUACCUUCUACAGCUGUUACUGAAGGACAUGGAUGAGCCCCCGCCUCCUGACACCCAGGAGAAGCUUCUCCGCCUGUCCAGCAUCUACACCCAGGGGGAGUACCACCCGGAGGAGACCCACAGCCACGGCCCCGCUCAUGCCCGCGCUCAUGCCCACAGCCAUGCCCAUUCAGACCCCUCCAAAUCCGGCAGCGUAUACACCUUGCAGAGUCUCAAGGAGAGGCUCAGGAGGGAAGGCCUGGGGACGGGGCCAUCGCUUUUGACCAAUCGCAGUGGCUCCUGCGUGCCAGGGGGGCUGCCCACUGAGGACCUGCAGGAGAAGCUGACUAUGGGCAUGCUGGAGCAGAGGCAGAUGGCUCUGCGUGGCUCACCUUGGCAGGUGUGCACAGAUAAAGUUCCAUGGAAGUUUUACCCACUGGGCAAGGUUCCAGGGCAAUCGGAGGACCCCUCGUGUUUAAUGGUGGACACAUACACUCCCCUCACCGUCUUUGACCAACAGGUCGAGCUUGACAAACCCUCACAGCAUCAUGUUAAUCCAAGUAUUCUCGGCCAAAACAGAACGGGUUCUGAUGGACAGCUUUGGAGUACAGCAGAACUGAACAAGCUGAAAUCUGGACUAAAGCUUUUUUGACAGCCUUCAUUUUUUAAAAAAGAACUUGGUUGUGAUUUCUUAACCCUACAAGGCAUCACAUGUACAUAUUUUUUUGGUGGAGUCUGAUCUUUGAAUUCUUAUAGCUUUCCGAUUUCCUUCUUUUUUCACAAAAUAAAAUGUGUCUGUUUUGA